ACAAAAAAAAAAGAUAUCUAGAAAAACUAAUUUGGAUUAGUGGAUAAGACCCCCUUAAUCCUCUCCAAUAUUUAAGGUAAAAUUCCCAUCAAGUGAGACCUAAUCUCCCUCUAGAUAAGGGAGAAAAUUUACCCACUAAAUCUGAGCCUAAUCCUUCAACUUGGUUACUGAUCUCCACUAUAAACAGGCUGUUUGGUUGAAUGGGUUCUCUACAGUUUUGUUCUUUUUCUUGAACUCUAUCACUUAUAAAGUUUCAAGUUGAAGCUAUACAAGUAUUUGAUUCUCUUAGUUCUUUUCAUUUAUAUGCAUAGAUAGAUAUUGGGUUGUAAUAGCAGCAGCAGCAGAAGCAGCAGUGGUUGAUCAGUAGUGUUCUUCUUGCAAUAUUCAUUCAUGGACUGCUUGAGAGAAAUGGAAGGCAAACAAGCUCAUGAUCCAAUAUUCAUUGACAAUAUGAAUAAAUCAUCAAAACGUUGUGUAUGCGUCCCUGGUCCGUUGAUCGUCGGGGCAGGACCCUCAGGGCUAGCCGUGGCGGCUUGCCUGAAAGAAAGAGGCGUCCCAAUUACAGUCAUAGAGAGAUCCAACUGCGUAGCCUCUUUGUGGCAGUUAAAGACUUAUGAUCGCCUUCGGCUUCACUUGCCAAAGCAAUUCUGCGAGCUUCCUCUCAUGGGGUUUCCUACUGAAUUCCCAACUUACCCUACGAAGCAACAAUUUAUUGACUACUUAGAGAAAUAUGCAGACAAGUUUGAUAUUAGGCCGCGGUUCAAUGAGACUGUGUCACAUGCAGAAUUUGAUCGAGUUAUUGGUUUUUGGAGAGUGAGAACUGUGGGGCCAAAGGUGGAGGAGAAGGAGUAUGUAUGCCGGUGGUUGGUGGUGGCCACAGGAGAGAAUGCAGAGGCGGUGGUACCAAAUAUUGAAGGAAUGGGAGAAUUUGAAGGUGAUAUAAGGCAUACAAGUUUGUAUAGCAGUGGAGAAGAGUUUAGAGGGAAAAGGGUUUUGGUGGUUGGAUGUGGGAAUUCAGGAAUGGAGGUUUGUUUGGAUCUUUGCAACCAUAGUGCCAAGCCUUCAGUUGUGGUCAGAGAUACAGUGCAUGUUCUACCAAAAGAGAUGCUCGGAAAAUCAACAUUUGGGCUGUCGAUGUGGUUGCUGAAGUGGCUGCCCAUGAGGGUUGUCGACGGGCUGCUGCUGAUAGUGUCGAGGAUGAUGCUUGGAGAUACAGCAAAAUUGGGAUUCGAGCGGCCGCAGUUGGGUCCCCUUGAACUCAAGACCGUGUCCGGGAAGACCCCAGUGUUGGAUGUUGGGACACUGGCCAGGAUCAAAAGCGGAGAAAUUAAGGUAUGUCCAGGUAUCAAGAGACUGAAACGACAUAGCGUAGAGUUUGUUAACUGGAAAACGGAGAACUUCGAUGCCAUUCUCUUAGCAACAGGUUACAAAAGCAAUGUACCAUCUUGGCUAAAGGAAGGAGACAUGUUCUCGGAGAAAGAUGGGUUGCCGAGAAGGCCAUUUCCAAAUGGAUGGAAAGGUGAGCGUGGGCUAUAUGCAGUGGGGUUCACAAAACGUGGAAUUCUUGGUGCUUCAAUGGAUGCCAAGAGAGUAGCUGAAGAUAUCGAAAGAUGCUGGAAAGCAGAAGCAAAACAUUGGAUGGUCUUUGCUAGGUCACUUUUGCCACAAUCAUCAUCAUAGAAGUUUUGGUUUUUGAGUUCUAUAUAACCUUGUAUAUAAAGAGAAAGAGAAAGAAGAGUUGAAUUCUUUUGGAGGGUUACAGGAGAUUGGAGGGUCUUUUGAGGGCUGCUCCAAUAGAGGAAAUUAAUAAAAGUAAAGGGAUAAGCUGCACAAUAAGGAA